AUGUCUCUGAGAGCAGACGCCGCUCAGUGCGGCGGUGUGGUGGUGGAGUACGAGAACGAUGACAUCAGAGAGGCACGAGAACGGAAACAACGGAGUAUACCAGGAUCUGCCCUCUUCUACCUCAAGGGCCCCAAGUUCCUCAUAUACGUCAGUGGAGCGUUGUCUAUGUGGGGUGAUCGCAUGUGGCACUUUGCCAUCUCUGUCUUCCUGAUUGAGCUGUACGGGCAUAACUUACUGCUGACUGCCAUCUUUGGCCUGGUGGUGGCCGGCUCUGUGCUUUUACUGGGCGCUCUGAUUGGAGACUGGGUGGAUCGAAACCCAAGAAAUAAAGUGGCCCACGCGUCCCUGUUCAUUCAGAACAUCUCAGUGACCGUCUGCAGUAUUGUGCUUAUGUUAGUGUUCUCAUACAAGAAGUGGAUUGAACAAAUCUGGGACGGCUGGUUAACUGUGGUUUGUUAUACGGUGGUGAUCGUCCUGGCAGAUGUGGCUAACCUGGCCAGCACAGCGCUCACUAUCGCCAUCCAGAGGGACUGGAUAGUGGUCAUCACGGGUUAUAACCGCGGCCACCUAGCAGGGAUGAAUGCCACCAUGCGGCGGAUUGAUCAAGUGACCAACAUCCUGGCGCCGCUGGCUGUGGGCCAGGUCAUGACCCUGGCCUCUAACGUGGUGGGCUGUGGCUUCAUCCUGGGCUGGAAUCUGGUCUCCCUGAUCGUGGAGUUCAUCUUCCUGUCCCGAGUUUACCGCAUCGUCCCUGCGCUGUCCGUCAAACCGCCGGCUACAGAGGAGCAGAACUACCUGGAGAAGAAGAGGGAAAGGAAGAGCUCGCAGGGUGAGAGUUCCUUAAGGCCAGCAGUGUUCCUCACAGAAGACAUGGGAGGAGCGUGUUCGAGAGAGCGGACCUCCAUGCUGCCCCCGUGCCUCCGUCGGCUUCGUGGGCUCCUCAGCACCUGCAGGGAAGGCUGGAGGGCGUAUUACAGGCAGCCUGUGUUCCUGGCAGGUUUGGGCUUGGCCUUCCUGUACACCACGGUGCUGGGCUUCGACUGCAUCACCACAGGCUAUGCCUACACCCAGGGCAUCAGCGGCUCCCUGCUGAGCCUGCUGAUGGGCGUUUCAGCUGUGGCCGGCCUACUGGGAACCGUCCUGUUCACCAAGUUGCGCAAAGCCUACGGGCUGGUCAACACUGGUAUGAUCUCCAGCUGCCUGCACCUGGCCUGCCUGCUCUUGUGCGUGUGCUCUGUGUUCGCUCCAGGCAGCCCCAUGGACCUGGGCGUGCUAACACAGGGUAAUGGGUCAGGUGCGGGAGGGAUGACCGGAGGAGGACACCAAAGACAUGGAUACACGCUACAGGGAGGCAACAACCAGCCUUUACUUCCUGACCGCUCUUCCAUUCACUGGACCAACAACACUGUGCUAUUUGAAAACGCACCAGCAGGGAGCGUACCUGAGUCCUACAUGUCCAUCACCCUGCUGUUUCUUGGAGUCAUCACGGCUCGAAUCGGUCUCUGGUCGUUUGACCUGACGGUGACCCAGCUGCUGCAGGAGACCAUCUGCGAGUCCGAGCGCGGUGUGGUUAACGGAGUUCAGAGCUCCAUGAACUACUUGAUGGACCUUCUGCACUUCCUCAUGGUCAUCUCAGCGCCGCAGCCGCAGCACUUUGGCAUUCUCGUCAUCGUCUCCGUCCUGUUCAUCACCACGGGGCACACCAUGUACUUCAUGUACGCCCGGAAGGCCAAGAGGAAACAGCGUCUCAACACGUAAACACCACAUACCUGUAACAGAC